UGUUCUUCGCCUUCGCUCCUUGAUUUUUAUUUCAUUUUACCAUUUUUCCUGCCAUGGGAUUCUUUGACAAGCUUUUCGGCAAGCCGGCAACCGCAGCCCACUGCUGCCCCCACUGCGCCGAGCGCGACAGGCGCUAUGGCGAGUACUGGCGCUACAAGACCCCGCUGACCGUCUGCACGCAUUGCGACUGUGCGCCUACCAACGGCCACCAGUGCACUGUCAAGUCGCACUACGACGUAUAUGAAUGUACUACGGCGCGCAAAAAGGACAAGCCCAAGGAGAGGUUCUCGCUGUUCCCGAAAUCCGACAGCACUGCGCAACCCAAGCGGCCUGUGGUCAAGCACUACCAUCACCACCACCACCACAGCGAACAGCCUGCCAGAAAGCCCGCAAAGACUGUGGUCAAACACCACCAUUACUACGAUGAACAGCCCACCACGUCAUACACCGUGACAUUCCCGCCGUCGCCGCCCCCGGGCCCGUCACCGGACAACAAAGUGUACAUAUACACACCAGGCAACUGGCGCAUCACCAACGUGCAUUCAUAGUCAUGUGUAUUCUUCAAACAAGAUGCUUCGCCUUUCCCUUUUUCUUAUUUUUCUUUUGCUUGCCAGGCUUGGGCUGCGCAGCCGGCUCCUCCUCGUCGUUGUUGGCGCCGGGCGGCGGCAUGCCAGGCAACACAGGCAUGGCACCCGAGUCAAUCAGAUCCUGCAGCGUCGGCUCCUUCUCGCGCUCGGCACUGACGUGGGGCAUUCUCUCGGCCACAUAGCGCAUCAGCUUCUUGCGCGUCUGGAUGUCAUGGCGGACCGGCCGGUGUUCCUCGUCAAAGAGCUGCACGCGCACGCGCCCGGGGUUGAAGAAAUCGCGCGGGUGCAUCUUGCCCGGCUCGUAGCACACGUUGAAGCCGACCUCCUUGACCGCGGCUGCGAUCUGCCGCG